AUGUCGACUUAUCAAGAUAAUCCCAGCGGAAGUGUUGAUCAAGCUCACCCUUCUGCCUCAACGCCUCUUCUAGCAUCCGCCUCAGAGGUUCCGGUUGAUCAUUUCGCACGUGGCGAUCCCGAAAACCCUCGUAACUGGCCCGUAUGGAGGAAAUGGCUUAUCGUCGCCGUCAUCACGCCUAUUGAUCUUUCUGUGUCAUGGGGAGCAUCGGGGUUCUCGCCAGCUACCGCAAGCUUUCGAGCCGAGUUCGGGCUCUCAGAGACUGUGGCAACACUUGGGUUGAGCCUCUACAUUCUGGGACUUGCACUUGGCCCUAUGUCUCUUGCGCCUCUCAGUGAAUUUUUUGGUCGAAGCGUGAUUUAUAUAGGAUCAUACGCAGUUUUUCUUCUACUUUUAGCUGCGACUGCUCUGGUGCAAACCGUUGGUGGAUUCAUGGUCCUACGAUUUUUCAGCGGGCUAUUCGCUGCAGUCACCAUUGCGAACUUCGGCGGAUCCAUUGCAGACAUGUGGACUCAUCAUGAGACAGGUAUCGCUAUGUCGAUCUACCUUUGGGCCGCAACAUGUGGUAGUCCAUCAGGCUUCUUCGCAAUGUCAAUCGUAGCUGAACACAGAGGGUGGAGGGAGGUAUUCUGGGCCCUGCUCGGGGUGUGCGGAGCAUUUUGGCUCAUUAUGGCGCUCACUCUACGUGAAACAAGGCACACAACUAUUCUUCGGAGACGAGUCAAAGCUCUCAAAAAAGCAAACAGCUCUCUUAAUCAUGCUUACAAGCCAGGGACACUUCAGCGCAGGUCUGCAAACGAACUCUUCAGAGUGGCUCUAACUAGGCCCUUCCGCUUUCUGUUCACAGAAGCCAUCAUCAUUUUCGCAGCACUUUACAAUGGCUAUCUAUAUGGCUUAAGUUUUCUAUUCAAUGGAGCCUUUAGGAUGGUAUUUGGUGAAGGGCACGGUUUCAACACGUUUGAGGUUGGCUGCGCCUUCUUAGGUAUAGCUAUUGGUAUAUCUGUCGGCCCAUUUACCAAUCUAUGGCAGGAGAGGUACUAUCAACGACGCUUGACCUCAAGCGGUUCUGGAGCAGCGCCGGAAGCAAGGUUACAAUUGGCCAUGGUGGCUGCAGUCGUUUUUCCAAUCUCUUUAUUCUGCUUUGCUUGGACUACAGGCGCCAGCAUUCCGCCUAUUAUGCCUAUCAUUGCGUCAGCUUUUUGGGGUUGGUCCUUCUACACAUUAAUACUCAUGACUUUCCAAUACACCGAAGAUGCAUACAGGGUCUUCUCUGCGUCUGCCCUGGCCGGAAUUGGGUUGGUUCGCAACAUUGCUGGCGCAGCUUUUCCACUGUUUGGUAGAAACCUCUUCCAGACGUUAGGCUAUCAAUGGGGUGCUAGCCUGUUGGCUUUUCUGAGCAUUGCUUUGAUUCCUAUUCCAUUUGUUUUAGCGCGCUUUGGGCCAACUCUCCGCCGCAAAAGCCCCUGGGCUAGGCAGCAUAUGGACGAUGCUGAAGAGUAA